UCCUCCUUCAUGAGGAAGCUUUGGGUUCACGCCGUCGAAGUGAAGGAUUAAAAUAUGAACUCAAGCUGGAUGCUGCUGCCGAACCGCUGUAAAUAACGCAGGAGGAAAUCGCCAGGAUUCAUUCAGAAGCAAAACAAGAAAGUUGGUGUUGCGUAAUGAAAGCUCCUGGGAGGAUCGGUUUAUGGAUUUAUUUCGGCGCUCUUCUGAGCCAGCAAACACCUGUGACGUCUAGAGUUUGGUGUCCAUGUUAUGUGUGAUCCGGCAGGUGUGUGAGGACAGGAUGUUCAGGAGCAACAGUCCGUACGGUUCUGAGACCGGCAGCUACAUUUCCUUCCAGUCCAAUGGAUUUUCCAACAUGGAUGAUUCCGCCUCCCAAAUAUCGAACAUCUCGAGACCCAGUGCAAAGUCGAUUUACUUGCAGAGGCUGCAGUAUGCAGCAUCAGUGAACAAGAUGAUGGAGAAAUCAGAGCACAGAGUGGAGCACUUGUUUACCUGCGACCUGAACGGGAGGGAUCUCAGAAACAUCCCGGACUGCGUGGAGCGCCUGAAGUUUCUGGAUCAAACGGGUCGUAUUUGGGGUCAGAACAUGGUGCUGGAGGUCCGCGGUGCCAACCUGCUGCUCAUAGACUACGAAACCAAGGAAGAGCUGGAGUCGUUUUCUCCUCGUGAAAUGAAGGAGCUGCUGGCCUUUCUGGACGCCGGGGUGUUCGACUCUCUGCUCAUCCUGUCCGUCCAGAACAGGAGAAAACCCGCCACCACCGUCUUCCUGUUCCAGUGCGAUGAAGUCAGGGCCGAUUUCAUCGCAAAGGAUUUAGUGCGAGUUCUGUCGCAGAAGAGUGAGGGUUCACACCUCAGCAGCAACGGACACAUUGUGGGCGGACAUGAAAGAGUGAAACAGCCCAAUAAGCCUGCAGAGCCGAGGCCUGUGCAUGAAGCGCCACCGUGGACUCCGCCUGACAACGCUGAGGAUGACUUCCCUGAGCCUGAGCUGGACCUGCGUCGGUACAGGGAGGAAGACGACGUCCCGCCACCGAUGCCGUCUCCGUUGCCUCCCCCUCGACCGUACACAGAACUGGACAGGAAUGUUGACAUUCUCAACCACAUCGUAACCGACGUCGAGAUCUUCAUGGGGAAAAUAUCCGCGGCCGAGGCCAAAAGUGGAAAGAAGAAAAAGAAAAAGAAAAAAGGGAAAGGAGGGGAUGGGAUGCCGCCCGAGGAGGAGUUUUCAGAUUGCCUCCAUAAAAUCAAAUCUGGCUUCAACCUUCUGGGAGAGCUCAACGGAAAGAUCAACAAUCCAGCCGCUCCCGACUUAGUCCACUCGUUGUUCUCUGCAUUGGCGUUCGUGUGCUCUCACUGCUCUGAAACCAUCCCUCCAUCCAUCGUCGCCCCGCUGCUCACGCCUCAGUGUAUCCGUCUCCUGAGCGAGGAGGCGUCCUCGGAGGAGGACAACCUGUGGCAGUCUCUGGGAGACGCCUGGAACAUCCCCAGUACCAAGUGGCCAGAGGAGGAUGAGGACAUCCCACUCUACAACAUGCAGUUUUAUGAUGGUUGGCAGCCCCCAGAAGUGACUGGAGAGCUUCCCCCCGGCGAACCGGAGAGCCGGCGGGAGAGUCCUCGGCGGGAGAGUCCUCGGCGGGAGAGUCCUCGGCGGGAGAGUCCUCGGCGGGAGAGUCCUCGGCGGGAGAGUCCUCGGCGGGAGAGUCCUCGGCCUCCACCGAGCCUGCAGCCGCCACCAAACACAGCUGGACGCAAAGCACAGGAGGAGCCGAGCUAUGCCAAGUGGAAGCCGCCAAAAGAACGACAAAAACCACCGCCGGUCGAGGUAAAACUACGCGACAUGCGCGUCAAAUAUGACUUCAUAUCCAGAAACCAAAGCGAGCUCACCGUCACUAAAGGAGAAAUAGUCGAUCUUCUGGACAAGUCGAAGAAGUGGUGGAAAGUGAGGAACAACAGAGGAGAGGAAGGUUACGUCCCAAACAACGUCCUGGAAGAUGCUGACGCUCAGUCUUACGAGGAUUUUGACACGUCUCCAGUUCUGACGAGGAAAUCUAAACCACCGGAGGUGAAAACCUGGCUGGAGCACAUGGGAUUCAACCCGAUCACCGUGCGCUGCCUGGGCGUCCUGAGCGGCUCCAUGCUGCUGGGGAUGAGCAGGGAGGAGCUGAAGUCGGUGUGUCCAGAGGAAGGAGGACGGGUCUUCUUCCAACUACAGGCGGUCAGAUCCGCCUUGGCGGAUGCAAGCUGAAGAAUCAUCACAGCUGGAAAGUACGAGGAAAAUGGACUUGAUGCUGGAAGCAAAUUAGAGGCAAAAAGCAGAAUAUAGCAGAUUUGCAUCGACAUGUAAAGAUACUGUAGUCACUUUCUGAAAUCAGCACUAACUCCUCACGUUGUUCUAAAUGCUAAGCAUGUUAAAUAUACUGUCUAUCCCAACUAUUUUAAGUUGUAAUCUCUAUUAAAACAUUAUAUUAUAAACUGGAUUACUGCAAAUAAUUGAAGUGUUUUGUUUGUAAUCAUUGUGUAACUUGGAAAUUAAAGUAAAAACU